UGUAAAUGGUGCAGACCCAUUGAUGACGCUCAGCUCCGACAACUAGCCAGGGAUCUGCUAAGAAGUAGCAGUUUGCGACUUCCUUUGUUUUUGACCAUUGUGUCAUUGCGAGGUUUGGGACAUGGCUGAAAAGGAGGUGUACGAUGAUGCAGUGGAAGAAAGGGUCAUCAAUGAAGAAUACAAGAUCUGGAAGAGGAACACUCCAUUUCUGUAUGACCUGGUGAUGACCCAUGCCCUGGAGUGGCCCAGUCUGACUGUGCAGUGGCUUCCAGAUGUCAACAGACCAGAGGGGAAGGACUACACAGUCCACCGUCUGGUUCUGGGGACCCACACAUCAGAUGAGCAAAACCAUCUUGUAAUAGCCAGUGUCCAGGUACCAAAUGACGACGCCCAGUUUGAUGCAUCACACUACGAUAGUGAAAAAGGAGCAGAGUUUGGUGGGUUUGGCUCAGUGAGUGGGAAAAUAGAGAUUGAGAUCAAGAUUAACCAUGAAGGAGAGGUGAACCGAGCACGCUACAUGCCCCAGAAUCCCUGCAUUAUUGCCACCAAAACUCCCACAUCUGACGUUCUGGUCUUUGACUACACCAAGCACCCAUCAAAGCCAGAUCCCAGUGGGGAGUGCAGUCCUGACCUGAGGCUCAAAGGUCACCAGAAAGAAGGUUACGGCCUUUCAUGGAAUCCAAACCUCAGUGGGAACCUGCUCAGUGCCUCUGAUGACCAUACCAUCUGUCUGUGGGACAUUGGCACCGGCCCAAAGGAAGGAAAGAUCGUCGACGCCAAGACCAUCUUCACUGGUCACACCGCAGUUGUGGAAGACGUGUCAUGGCAUUUACUCCAUGAAUCCUUGUUUGGCUCCGUUGCUGAUGAUCAGAAACUAAUGAUAUGGGACACUCGUUCCAACAACACUUCUAAAGCCAGCCACUCUGUUGAUGCUCACACUGCUGAGGUCAACUGUCUGAGCUUCAAUCCCUACAGCGAGUUCAUUCUUGCCACGGGUUCUGCAGAUAAGACUGUUGCAUUGUGGGAUCUAAGGAAUCUCAAACUGAAGCUCCACUCUUUUGAGUCCCACAAGGAUGAAAUUUUCCAAGUAAGAAUUUUAGUUGUUUUGUCAAGAACUUGUUGGGUCCUCAUAUCCAACUUAUAAUGCAUUAUAAACAAUAAUAGUAAUAUGCUGACCAGAAAUAAACUAGUCAUCUGAAACUAUCAGACCAGCUAGCAGUGUGAUUGGGAAAGAUCCAAUAACCUCCUCACUUCCUGCUUCAAACGGACAUUUUUCUUAUCAAUCAAUCAAUAAAAUUUUAUUUGCAUAGCA